AUGCUUCGGUCCGUGAGAACAUAUUUCCUCUCCCCAAAAGCACAUAACACGGUUCGGACCGAAACUGAGGUUCGCCGACAUCACGAUCUUUCCCAGCACGAUAUAUCGCCUCUGUUCCGCCUUGAAGAACUAAAAGGUCUCAACCUGUAUGAGUGCUCUAUGGAAGAGAUACAGCAACAUCUCUCAGAGGGUCAUUUUACGUCUGUUGACUAUGUCGAAUUCUGCCUUCAACGUAUACAUAACGUCAACCCCUACCUCGAGUGUAUCAUCGAAAUCAACCCAGACGCUACUAAGAUUGCUGCAGAAUUGGACGACGAAAGACGCCAAGGUAAAGCUAGAGGCAUACUACAUGGCGUACCAAUUCUAGUCAAAGAUAACAUGGCUACAAAGGACAAAAUGCAAACAACGGCCGGCUCAUGGGCUUUACUUGGAAGUAUUGUCCCCAGAGAUGCCCAUGUAGUCUCGCUUUUGCGUCGCGCAGGGGCGAUCAUUUUAGGGCAUGCUAAUAUGAGUGAAUGGGCUUCGGUCCGAUCAUCGAACUACUCCACCGGGUACUCUCCGCGCGGCGGUCAAGUGCGAAAUCCGUACAAUCUUUCCAGUAGUCCAUAUGGCUCCAGCUCAGGCUCUGCAGUUGCGGUCUCCGCAAACAUCGUACCCGUAUCCUUUGGGACUGAAACCGACGCGUCAAUAAUUGGACCAGCAUCGAUCAAUGGCAUUGUCGGGAUUAAGCCUACUGUUGGACUUACCUCGAGAGCUGGUGUUAUACCUAUCAGCAAAAGCAUGGAUACCGUCGGCAGCUUCGGUAGGACUGUUGCCGAUGCGGUCCAUGGACUGAAUGCAAUCGUUGGCAGUGACGAAAGGGAUGCCAUGACCUGCUCCUCGUCACGCUCCCAAAGAAAAGACUACUCCAAGUACCUGACGACAAAGGGUAGCCUCAAAGGUGCCAGAUUCGGCCUCCCAAACAAACGGUGCUGGGAGUUCGUCGCCAAAGAUAUCAGAGAGACGGCACUCACGGUCCUUAAAGCUAUCCAAGAGGCAGGAGCGGACGUCGUCGAGGUUGACUUUCCCUGUGCAGAGGAUCGUAUACCAGGAGACGGCAACUGGGACUGGACGUACGGCAAGCCGUCAGAGUCAGAGUUUUCCGUAGUUCAGGUCGAGGCUUUCCAGGAGAUCAACGCGUAUCUAUCAGAACUCUCAGAAACGCGCAUGAAGACCCUGGAGGACGUCUUCGAGUAUAAUCAAAAGAAUAGCGGUACAGAAGGCGCCAAACCCGGUGACCACUCAGCAUUCCCAACAGGACAGAACAACUUUCAGCAAAUCUUACAAAGCUGCGGCGAAGCGACGGAAACCUAUUACCAAGCCCUGCAUUACACCCAGCAAAAAUGCCGCACUGAGGGCAUCGACGCUGCGCUAAAGGACAAUAAGACUAAUACAGUGUUCGAUGCGCUCAUCUUGUUUGACCGGAAAGGCGCGGGACAGCAGCUUGCUGCCCAGGCUGGCUAUCCCAUCAUUUGUAUACCAAUCGGUGUUGACUCCGCUGGGUUGCCCUUCAGUCUUUCUUUGCACCAUACCGCAUGGAAAGAGGAUGUUUUGAUUAGAUGGGCAAGCGCCAUCGAAGAUCUUGUGCAUCAGAUCAGUGGCUGGCGGUGCACUCCUGAAUAUAGAGAACAUCUGUCCAAGAACAUCCCUGUGGUGGAUAAGUCUUCUUAG